CGAACCAAGCAUUUUACUCAGUUUUUUAGUUUAACUAAUACAUCAUUCCCCUUCAAAUCAUUUCCAAUCAUGGUGGCAAACGUUCUUGCAUGCCUGUUCAUCUUUGCUGCAAUCUCCAGUUCUGUGGCAUACGAUCCUGACCCCCUUCAGGAUAUCUGCGUUGCCGAUCUAAAGUCAAAGAUAAAGGUGAACGGGUUUGUAUGCAAGGACGAUGCAGAUGUCACGGCAGCAGAUUUCACCUUCAAUGGCCUGGCUAAGCCAGGGCUCAUCAACAACUCGUUUGGUUCAGUCGUAACUCCAGCCAAUGUGAUGCAGGUUCCAGGCCUUAACACGCUCGGCGUGUCGCUGGCGCGCAUUGACUAUGCACCCGGCGGACUCAACCCUCCUCACACUCACCCGCGCGCCACCGAGACCAUAUUCACUCUGGAAGGCGAGCUGGAAGUAGGCUUCAUCACCACAGCAAACAAGCUCAUCUCCAAGAUCAUCAAGCAAGGUGAGAUCUUUGUGUUCCCCAGGGGACUGGUCCAUUUUCAGAAGAACAAUGGCCACAAGCUUGCUUCUGUGAUCUCGGGCUUCAAUGGCCAACUGCCGGGCACCCAAGUCAUUGCCACAUCACUUUUCGCUGCGUCACCACCGGUGCCGGACGAUGUGUUGGAGAUAGCCUUCCAGGUGGAUGGCAAGGUGGUUGACACAAUCAAAGCAAACCUUGCUCCCAAGAAGAAGUGGUGAAAGAACUAAGGUUGUAUGAGUAUGGAAGCCCGUACUCUCAAUAAUAAUAUACUGUAGACGGUCCUAUGAAUAAUCCAUGUAAUGGUGUUCCAUGAUCUACCUAUAAUGAAAGAACAAGAGAGUAUAUACAUAUGCUAUCUUGAUUUGG